GGGGGGGGGAUGGAGCCGGUGGUAAAAAUUAUCCAUACAAAAUACCUCUUAAUGAUAUUAAGACUUUGUUCUAGAUCUUAAUGAUUAAUACUUAUUCAGACCAAAUAAGUGUGCUUAUAUAUUAAUGUAAACUAAUACACUUAAUGACUUAAGGUCUGAACCUUUCAGAUUUAGACCUCCACCUCCAUUAAGUGCAAACAAAUGAGGCCUUAAGGCACUUACUAACAUGGGUAGCCCGACAUUAAAAUAUUGGAGAAAUAAAAUAAAAAAUAAAAAAAAUGGGUUGCCCAGAGGGAGAAUCGAGGAAGUAGGUGAACAUAACUUUUUAUAUAUUAAAUGACGAAAAAUGAUCAUGCAAAAAUCUCAUAUUAUGUCUAAAUAAUAAAUAUUUCUUGUAGGAAAAACAUAUAACCUUUGCAUUAUAAGUGUUCGGCCACAUUUAAGUGCUACAUGUUGUGAACUUGCCGUGAGGUGCGCCAAAGCAGACAAUAUGUACAAGCAGUUUAUAACACGUUAUCAGCACGAUGCUCGCGAUUAGGGGUGUGUUCUGAACUUGAAGUUCCCACAUCGCUCGCACACGGGAUUGUGUGCGUGCUUAUAAGCUGGGCCUGAAGCCUUUACUUGUAUACGCGUUUUAAAGCCGUGAGGUGCGCCAAAGCGGACAAUAUGUACAAGCAGUUUAUAACACGUUAUCAGCACGAUGCUCGCGAUGAGGGGGUGUGUUGUGAACUUGAAGUUCCCACAUUGCUCGCACACGGGAUUGUGUGCGUGCUUAUAAGCUGGGCCUGAAGCCUUUACUUGUAUACGCGUUUUAAAGCCGUGAGGUGCGCCAAAGCGGACAAUAUGUACAAGCAGUUUAUGUUGUGAACUUGAAGUUCCCACAUCGCUCGCACACGGGAUUGUGUGUGUGCUUAUAAGCUGGGCCUGAAGCCUUUACUUGUAUACGCGUUUUAAAGCCGUGAGGUGCGCCAAAGCGGACAAUAUGUACAAGCAGUUUAUAACACGUUAUCAGCACGAUGCUCGCGAUUAGGGGGUGUGUUGUGAACUUGAAGUUCCCACAUCGUUCGCACACGGGAUUGUGUGCGUGCUUAUAAGCUGGGCCUGAAGCCUUUACUUGUAUACGCGUUUUAAAGCCGUGAGGUGCGCCAAAGCGAACAAUAUGUACAAGCAGUUUAUAACACGUUAUCAGCACGAUGCUCGCGAUGAGGGGGUGUGUUGUGAACUUGAAGUUCCCACAUCGCUCGCACACGGGAUUGUGUGCGUGCUUAUAAGCUGGGCCUGAAGCCUUUACUUGUAUACGCGUUUUAAAGCCGUAAGGUGCGCCAAAGCGGACAAUAUGUACAAGCAGUUUAUAACACUACGUUGAUUUUGGAUAUUAUGGGGAACAUUUAUUGCCUCCAUACUUUUUUUAUGUUCAAGUCCUAUGCAUAGUGGCGAGACUCGCAUAGUUUAAACGACAAAUGUAGCCGUCAUUCAACCUUCUUUCUUCUCAUUGGAGUAAUAGUCAACUUUCAAUCAACCCUUUUUGUCUCUUUCUCUCUCUCUCAACAGUAAUCUACAUUAGAUUCUCAACAUCUCCCAAACAGCUUUUCGCCAAUAAUGCCGGAUACUCACACACUCAUUCUCUCUAUCCAUUCCAAAUGCCUCUGUCCUACCCUUCCGCCACCAAUGGCUUCUUCGCCACCACAACCACUCUCUUCUUCGCCACCUUUAUUCUCACAACAACUUCCCUCUCCUUCCCUAACUGUAAUAGCACUUUCUCCUGUGGUUCCAUCCGUAACAUCACCUACCCUUUCACUGGUGGCGAUCGCCCCGACUACUGUGGCCUCCCUGAUUUCAAACUCCGAUGUGUUGACGAUAAUCACACCGAAUUCACUCACCAAUCACUUAUCUACCGAGUUCUUGAAAUUAACCAGUCUUCAAGAACCAUGACCAUAGCUAGAAUCGACCUUUGGAAUAGUACCUGCCCUUCUCAAUUUAUAAACACUACACUGAACUCCACUUACUUCAACUACGACAAUAACGAAGAUGAUGAACUCUCAUUAUUCUACGGGUGCAAUCUCUCUGCAUUGAAUUUCACGUCUCAGAAUAUGCUUACAUGUAGUGUCAAUGGUUUGAAUUUUACCUCCGCGUUUUACUUAUUGGGUCCAAUUCCAAGUGACCCUUUUCUGAAAGUCAUUACUUGCACGAGUAUCGUUACUGUUCCGGUGUUUAGAGAAGUGGGCAAAAGGCUAUAUAGCAAUGAGAUUACUCUUGGGGAGGCAUUGAUGCAGGGGUUUAGUGUGAAAUAUGAUGCACCUUAUGAUGGACUCUGUUCUGGGUGCUCGAGGUUGGGUGGGAAUUGUGGAUUUAAUGUGGAGUUGGCCCAGCCGAUUUGUAUUUGUGAAGACAUGCCAUGUACAUUGCCUUUAGAACAUUCCUGUGAAGAUAAAAGAAAGAAAAGUCAGACGCCACUUGCAGUAGGCUUUAGCUUAGGAGGUGCUGCACUUGCCGGCAUUGGCAUUGGAUUCCUAAUCUUCUUCUGCAGACAAAAGAGAAAGCGGAUUGCAGCACAGGCUUCACCUGCCCAAACGGAAAGCAAAGACCUUCCAAUGUUAAGUUCAAGCAAUGGCCUCACUUCUUCAUCUUCUCCUUCUUCAACCACUUUCACCAGAAGCAUUCCCUCUUAUCCCUCUUCAGCUGAUUACGGGAAGGGAAACUCCCACUUUGGGGCUCAUGUCUUCAGUUUUGCUGAACUUGAAGAAGCCACGAAUAAUUUUGAUCAAUCUAAAGAACUUGGGGAUGGUGGCUUUGGCGUCGUGUACUACGGCAAGCUCCAUGACGGGCGUGUGAUUGCAGUCAAGCGCUUGUAUGAGAACAAUUUCAAGCGUGUAGAGCAGUUCAUGAAUGAAGUAGAGAUUUUAACUCGGCUCCGGCACAAGCACCUAGUGACAUUGUAUGGGUGUACAUCUAAACGAAGCCGAGACUUACUGCUUGUUUAUGAGUACAUACCAAAUGGGACAGUGGCAGAUCAUCUACAUGGAAAUCGGGCCAAAUCUGGUUUACUCUCUUGGCCUGUCCGAAUGAACAUAGCCAUUGAGACUGCUGAUGCUCUGGCUUUUCUCCACUCCUCAGUUAUAAUACACCGUGAUGUCAAGACCAACAACAUUCUAUUAGACAAUGAUUUCCAUGUUAAAGUUGCUGAUUUUGGGCUAUCAAGACUGUUCCCAAAUAAUGUCACACAUGUCUCUACUGCUCCACAGGGUACACCAGGCUACGUUGAUCCUGAGUACUACCAAUGUUACCAGCUCACUGAAAAGAGUGAUGUCUAUAGUUUUGGGGUGGUCUUAGUAGAGCUGAUCUCAUCAUUACAAGCUGUGGAUACUGACAGGCACCGCCAUGAUAUUAAUUUGGCUAAUAUGGCAGUCAACAAGAUUCAAGGGCAUUCAAUACAUGAAUUAGUUGAUCCAAGUCUUGGAUUUUCGACAAACAGCUCCGUGAGGAGGAUGACUUCAUUAGUCGCUGAGUUAGCUUUCCGAUGUCUGCAACGGGAGAGAGAUCUGAGACCUUCAAUGCAAGAAGUGCUGGAAACUUUGAAAGGCAUCCAGAAUGGAGAAUCUAAAGCACAAAAGGCUGAGGUACUGGAUAUUGUGGUGGAUGAUGUUGGCCUCCUAAAGGGCUCCCCUUCCUCUCCCGAUUCAAUUGCCACUGACAAAUGAGUUAACAGCUCCACACCACAUUCUAGUGGAUGAAAUAUCUUUUUCAGGUUGGUCUAUUUCAAUGCUAGAUGAAUAAGCAAUUACUAUUUUGACACUUGUGAUCAGUGUCACAGUUGAGCUAGUAUCCCGCAGUGGACACUUAAUUUUUUAUUUUUGCUUACAUGUAGUUAUCCUGUUAUAGUUGAUAUUGUCUGUGGGAGAUUAUCUACUGCUUUUCGUGUAAGGCAAUGUAAAUAGUGAAUAGGGCUGCCAACAUUGUAGUAUACAUAUGCAUCUCUUCUCUUUGUUCAUCA